UGUGAAAAAGAACAUUCAUAUUAACACAAUGUUUGUAAAGGUUGUGCUAAUCGCCACCGCGCUCGCUGCGGUCACCGCGCGGCCACAAGAAGGUCACGACCACCACCAUGGCCACGGUCACGCUGUGUCAUCACAGAGUAUAGUUCUGCACCACUCUCACAAGCAUGAGCCCGCACACCACGAGGAGCAUCACAAGAAGGCACAUGAAGAGCAUCACAAAAAACACGAAGAACACCACCACAAGGAACACCACGGUCAUGCUUCCUCCUCACAGAGCAUCAAACAGCAUCAUGGGAAAGCCACUGAGAAACAUGUAGAAUACUAUUCCCACCCUAAAUACGAGUUCGCGUACAAAGUGGAGGACCCUCACACCGGUGACAAGAAGUCCCAACAUGAGUCCCGCGACGGUGACGUCGUGAAGGGCGUGUACAGUCUGCACGAGCCCGACGGUACUGUCAGGAUCGUGGAGUACCACGCUGACAAGAAGACUGGAUUCAACGCCAACGUGAAACUUGAGGGUCACGCCAAACACAUUGUUCCUGAACACCACCACCAUCAUCACUGAUUCUGUGAUAUUAUUUACUAAUUCUUGUUAAAGUUGUUACGUUUUAUACCU